AUCAACCACUCCCUCUCGUGCUGACCACGCUCCAUUCCCAAAAAUCGACUCUGCUUUUUUUCUCCAUUUCUUCCUCCUUUGACUUUCUACUUCAGCUUUCCAGUCUCAGAUCUCGACGAUGGCAGCGAAAAUCUCUCACCUUGCUUGUUUCUCCUCCGCCAAUCGCCAAUUUCACUUCCAGAGCCGAUCCUCUCCAUGCCUUAGGUCUCGUCCCGAGUCUUUUGUAGUGAGAAGCGUUGAUGGGAAUAGCUCAGAAACACCAGCUUCUCUAAGCUAUACAGCUGAGGUUUCAAAACCUUUUGUUGAGAAAACAUCGAAACCGUAUCCCACGGCUGAUGAAACUGUCACCAACAAAGAGAUCAUCACAGAGCCAGUAGAGGAACAUGUUGCCACACAGCCAAAAAGAGCAGCAAAGAUCCACGACUUCUGUUUUGGCAUUCCUUACGGUGGUCUUGUUAUGAGUGGAGGGCUUCUUGGAUUUGCGUUUUCACGAAAUCUUACAAGUUUAAGUACUGGUGUCCUCUAUGGUGGUGGCCUUCUAGCCCUUAGUACAUUGAGCUUAAAGAUUUGGCGACAGGGAAAAUCUAGUUUCCCUUACAUACUAGGACAAGCAGUGCUUUCAGCUAUCGUCUUCUGGAAGAACUUCACAGCUUAUUCUAUGGUAUUCGUUAUUUUUGUGAUCCUGCUGAUUGUUUAUUUUUGCUUGCUUGACUUCAACUGCUUAAUUGUUGUACUUAUGCAGACUAAGAAGCUGUUUCCCUCUGGACUUUUUGCUGUCAUCAGUGCUGCCAUGUUGUGUUUCUUUUCAUAUGUGGUGCUGUCUGGAGGAAACCCACCUCCAAAGAAAUUGAAGCCAUCUGCUAGUCCUUCAUACUGAAGAAACUUCAUAUAGGUUAGAUUAAAAAAUUGGAGGUUUUCUAUCUUUUGAUGACUCUGGUGUGUUGGAUUCCUGGUGUAAUUUUAUGCUUUUGAGAGGCAACGAGUAUACAAUUGUUUGUGACCUGUUCUUUGCAGUUUAAAGUUUUGUUUACUGGUGACAUGCUUUAAUUGUCUUUA